AUGUGUCAGCAUCAGACCUGGUGCAGUGCCGUAGCCGUUUGCACCCUUGUCGUUAAUGCCCCCACUUUUCCCUCUCAGGCCCUGAAAUUUGGCCUUCUCUCCGCCCAGGCGGACGAUCGUCUUUCCGGAAUGCAGCUGGGCCACAAACACCACCUGGGGGUGGAUGGACUUCCUGUGGACCACGGCCUCUCUUACGCCUACUACGCCAAUGUUGCAGCUCAGACCUUAGCUGACCGGGAGCUGUCCAGGGAGGGGCAGGCCUUUGUGGAGCACAUCCGGCUGAUUGACGAGGAUGCCCUCAAGCUGCAGACCAAAGAGAACGAUGACCUCUUUGUGUGGCUGAGGUUCCAGGCUCGGAGAGGCAUGGCCGAGGCUCAGCAAGCGGUGAGCAGGAUGUUGUUCUGGGGGCAGCAAGGAAUCUCCAGCAAGCUGAAGGAAGCGGUGAAGUUCUACGAGAAAGGAGCCGCUUGGCUCAAAGACCCCACCCUCAUGUACGACUAUGGAGUGGUGCUUCUGAAGGGUUUCCUCCCAGCUCUCACAGCCUUGGGAUGGUAUUAUCAGGUCUUUGAGAAUGACUACAGGAGGGCCGUGGAGUUCUGGGAGAAGGCCGACGAGAUGGGGGACCCCGUGGCCCCCUCCAACCUCGGGGCCUUCUAUGCCUACGGCCAGUACCCGGGGAAAGACAGAGAUGAGAUCGUCCAUCCCUGCUUCAACUACCUUAACCCUUUGCUGUGUGGCUUGUAG